AAUAUAAAUUAAACUUUCUUAAAUUCUUUUAAUUCUUUGGAUUCAAAACAAUCAUCAAACAUGGAAACAUUGAAAAUUAAUAUUUAAUAGCUCAGUUGUCCAUUGAAUUACAACGGCAACAAUAUGGCACCGGAUUUGGGCGGCUGGAUACAUAGCUUUGCUGUGACGGAUACUCAGACCCACAAGGCUGGCUUUACUCUUUAUAAGAUUACAUCCAUUGUUUUCCCCCGAGCGGUGCCGCAGGCCUUAACAACUUUGGUGGUAUGGCGACGUUUUCACGACAUAAAAAAGCUACAUCGUGAACUGAAGAGAAGGCAUAAGAGUCUGGGCCUAUCCGGUUAUAUGCCCGAACCUAUAGAUUGUUCAUUUUUUAAGCGUUUCGAUCAGGAUGUUAUACGAAAACGUAAAGCCUACAUUGUAUCGUUGUUGGAUUUUGUGGCCCAGCAUCCAGCCUUGUAUAAGUCACACAGUUUUGCCCAGUUCUUUAGUAGCGAAGCAACGCCCUCGAAUAAAAUACAAAAACUUGUACAAAAGGCGGCACGUAGCUUGGUCGGAAGGAGUUUGGAAAUUGAAACUGAUACUGUGGACAGCGGUGUAAAAUCAAAUGAGGAUAUUAUAAUAGCAGAAAUAUUUCCAAACGACAAAGAUGAAUGUGAGAAGGCGGAGGAUGUGGAGGGGGAUGGAGAUUCGAUUGUUGAUAAUGGUAAAAGCUCUGACAAUGAUACCAGUCUCGAUACAAGCCUAACAACAAAAUGUAAUUUACGUUUUUUGACCCCCAUGGCUUCGGUUGAGAGCGAAGAUAGCGACUAUAUUUACGAAGCAGCUCUUGAAUUCAGUUCAGCCGUACAAGCCGAAGCGAAUUUGGAUUAUAAUGAUGCAUACACGCGUUAUAAAUCGGGCGUUGACAUUCUACUAAAAGGUUGCAAAGAUGAUUUAAAUGACGAUCGCGUGUACAUUGCUAGAGCUAAGAUAAGCAAAUACUUGGCCAGAGCCGAAGAUAUACAUGAGAGAUUUUUGAAAAAUUCUCAAAGAUCAAUUGCUUCCAUUGUCUCAACAUCAAACUUCCAAUUGGCAUUGGAUGUGUCAUGCAAUACAAAUUCGGAAAGUUCGGGGUUUUAUUUGGAACGGCCUUGGCAUCACAUGGCUAAAUAUAAAGUAAAUGCCCUGUUGGGUAAUAAGGUAUUGCUGGUGUCGUGCAUAACCGAGCCAUUAAAACCGCAAUAUGUAAUGAAAGGCAUUGAAAAACCCUCCAGCAAUUCGCCAACUCAAACAGUAUUCCUUCCACAGCAUAUACCCUAUAUGGUCGAUCUGUUGGCAUUCUUUCAAUCGGAUCAGAAAAUCUUUCUACUUCUCAAGCUGGCCUUGGGUGGUAAACUAAUCGAUUACGUACAUUCCCAAAAUCUGAGCAAUGAGAAAACUCAGAAAUUAAAUGAAGAGGAAGAAAAAUCUUCUGAUGUUUGUAAAAUCUCAAAGGAUUCGCCAGAACUGGUGCCAGACCUGGUAGAGUCCUCUAAACAGUUAAUUGAAUCUGUAUCAAAUACAAUAAACGAAUCGGAAUUUAUACCCCGUCGAAUGAAUGGCAUACUUCUGUAUAGCAUUCCACAACAUUUCCUCAAGAAAUGGUCCCAACAACUUCUGGUUGCCAUUCACGCUUUGCACGAGAAAAGUGUCAUUUUGUGUGAUCUGCAUAUGGACAAUUUAUUAUUGGAUGAAAAUAGUCAAUUACUUUUGUCAUAUUUUUAUCAAAAUGAAGGUCUCUCAUCGGAUAGUUUCAUUCACAAAGCCCUUAAUCCCAAGGCCUUGGAUAAUCACUUUGUGGCACCCGAACGCCCACUUACUUUGCGUUCAGAUUGGUGGAGUUAUGGUGUUAUUUUGUAUGAACUGUUUGUUGGUUUGCCCUUCAAAGCUGCUCAUCCGGGACAAAUUGAUUUGUACGGUUUUGUACAAUAUCCGGAAAAUGUUGAAAUACCCAAGGUUAAGCGUAACUUAUUGGAAAGGUUACUGCAACAGGAACCGGAAGAGCGUCUCGACUAUGAGCGUAUCAAACAACAUGAAUACUUUGCCGAUACCAAUUGGGAGGAGAUUAAACAACAAGGUUUUAAUACCCGGUGAACGAAUAACAUUUGUUUUGUAAGAAAAUUGUUUUUUUUAUUUAAAAAUUGUUGUUAUUUUUUUGUUUUUGUAUAUUUUACGAAAUGUUCCUUAUUUUUGUUUUAGUUUUUUACAAAAGAAAAACAAACUAUAUAUAAUUAUAAAAAUAAAAUUUUAAAUUAAAAAAAUAUAUAUUUAUUGACAUUAGCCUAGAACUAAAAAAGGAAAGAAAUAACAUUAAUUUAAAUAAGACAGCAAUUAUUAAUGGUUUUUAAAGUACACCUAAUUGUAAGAUUUUAAAGAUACAAAUUGAAAAAAAAAAAUGAAACGAAACGACAACAGUGGGUGAACUUGGACCUCCAUUGGUUUUUAAUCUAAUCUAAUAUAAAUAAAUAUUUAUUGUCACAAA